AUGCAUCUUCCAGCCCACAAGCUCCAGCUGCGCCCUAAACUUACCAACGUUCUACAACACUCAAGCAAGACUUCCACACCCAAGACCCCCGAGGCUCAAACUUCAACCAAAACGGACAGCGGUAUCAACACCAAAGACAAGCGCAACAUCAAGAUCGGCAUUGCCGCACUUCGUACCGUCAGCAAAUGGACCGAUAAAGCUGCACUGACGCUCGAGAAGCUCGAGGGCCAAGAAGCCUCGAAGCACUGCCAGGAUCGCCAGGCACGCUUGAUCGCAAGAGAUGGCAGUGAAGGAUACGGAAAGAAAGCCCAGGAUACCGGGGUAUGGAGAAAGACUGUAGUAUACCCGGUACCUGCCCAGGUUGGUAGUGCUAGGAGUAUCGAAGUACACGAUCAGCCAAGAGUGUACGGAGCAGCAACACCUUCCAGUAAAGAAGAAAGCCGCAUUGCGGCCAGCGCUGUGGAGCUACCGCUCGUCCAGACUCAUCAUGCGCAUGUCUUGGCUUCCGUUGAGGAGUACUAUGACGAAAGCAGUGAUGACGAAGACGAAGGCAGUACUUCUCGGCAGGUUGGCCUCAACAGCUCCACAGACGUUGGUGCAGAUGAAGAUACCGAUGAGGAAGAUACUUCCGAUGAUUCUAGUGACGAUGAGAAGGAGGAUGACAGCGAUGACGACUCGGAUAGUGAGCAACAUGAUAGCUCUGAUGAUGCUGAGGAUUCGGACGAGGAGGAAGCUGAGGCGAAGCAUCAGAUGAUCGUGAAUGCUAAAAAUUGA